UGUUUCCCACGCGGCCUCGAAGGUCCGGCGGAUGCUGGCGGGCGCGGCGGCGCCAUGGCGGAGGCUGCGGGCGGAGUGUGCCGGUUCAAGGCCAACUAUGCUGUCGAGCGCAAGAUCGAGCCUUUCUACAAGGGCGGGAAAGUGCAGUUGGACCAGACGGGCCAGCACCUUUUCUGCGUCUGCGGUACCAGAGUCAACGUGCUCGAGGUGGCCUCGGGGACAGUGCUGCGAAGCCUGGAGCAGGAGGACCAAGAGGACAUCACAGCCUUUGACCUCAGCCCUGACGAUCAGGUGUUGGUGACAGCCAGCCGGGCGCUGCUGCUGUCACAGUGGGCAUGGCGAGAGGGCAGUGUCACGCGCCUGUGGAAGGCGAUCCACACGGCCCCUGUGGCGGCCAUGGCCUUUGCCCCCACCUCUACUCUGCUAGCCACAGGCGGCUGUGACGGGGCAGUGCGUGUCUGGGACAUUGUACGGCACUACGGGACACACCACCUUCGGGGCUCACCUGGCGUCGUGCACUUGGUGGCCUUCCACCCCAGCCCUGCACGCCCGCUGCUCUUCUCCUCUGCUGCCGACGCGGCCAUCCGCGUGUGGGCGCUGCAGGACCAGUCCUGCCUGGCAGUGCUGACUGCCCACUACAGUGCGGUCACUUCCCUGACUUUCAGCACCGAUGGGCGCACCAUGCUCAGCUCUGGCCGGGACAAGAUCUGCAUUGUCUGGGACCUUCAGAGCCACCAAGCCACCAGGACAGUGCCAGUAUUUGAGAGUGUGGAGGCCGCUGUGCUGUUCCCAGAAGAACCGGCACCCAAACUAGGUGUAAAGUCCCCAGGCCUGCACUUCUUGACAGCCGGUGACCAAGGGACUCUCCGCGUGUGGGAGGCAGCCUCUGGGCAGUGGGUAUACACCCAGCCACGACUGCCAGGCCCCGGGCGGGAGCUGACCCACUGCACCUUGGCACGUGCGGCCGGCCUGCUCCUCACCGUCACCGCCGACCACAACCUGCUGCUUUACGAGGCAUCCUCCCUGCAGCUGCACAGACAGUUUGCUGGCUACAGCGAGGAAGUGCUGGACGUCCGGUUCCUCGGGCCCGAGGACUCCCACGUGGUUGUGGCCUCCAACAGCCCCUGCCUGAAGGUGUUCGAACUGCACACAUCUGCCUGCCAGAUCCUCCACGGCCACACGGACAUCAUCCUGGGCCUCGAUGUAUUCCGGAAGGGCUGGCUCUUUGCAAGUUGUGCCAAGGAUCAGAGCUUCCGCGUCUGGAAGAUGAACAAGGCUGGCCAGGUGGCAUGCGUGGCUCAGGGCAGCGGGCACACACACAGCGUGGGCACCAUCUGCUGCUCGAGGCUAAAGGAGUCCUUCCUGGUGACAGGCAGCCAGGACUGCACCGUGAAGCUGUGGCCCCUUCCCGAGGCCCUGCUGUCCAAGAACACAGCCCAAGACAGUGGCCCUGUCCUGCUACAGGCCCAGGUCACCCAGCGCUGCCAUGACAAGGACAUCAACAGUGUGGCCGUGGCCCCCAACGACAAGCUUUUGGCCACGGGCUCCCAGGACCGCACAGCCAAACUCUGGGCCUUGCCACAGUGCCAGCUGCUGGGUGUCUUCUCAGGCCACCGGCGUGGCCUCUGGUGCGUUCAGUUCUCACCCAUGGACCAAGUGCUGGCCACAGCCUCAGCUGACGGCACGGUGAAGCUGUGGGCCCUGCAGGACUUCAGCUGCCUCAAGACAUUUGAGGGGCACGAUGCUUCUGUGCUGAAGGUGGCCUUUGUGAGCCGCGGCACUCAGCUGCUGUCCAGUGGCUCUGACGGGCUCGUGAAGCUCUGGACCAUCAAGAACAACGAAUGUGUGCAGACGCUGGACGCCCACGAGGACAAGGUCUGGGGGCUACACUGCAGCCGGCUGGAGGACCGCGCCCUCACCGGCGCCAGCGACUCCCGUGUGAUCCUCUGGAAGGAUGUGACGGAGGAAGAGCAGGCAGAAGAGCGGGCCAAGCAGGAGGAGCAGGUGGUCAAGCAGCAGGAGCUGGACAACCUACUGCAUGAGAAGCGCUAUCUGCGUGCGCUGGGCCUGGCCAUCUCCCUGGACCGGCCCCACACUGUGCUGACCGUCAUCCAGGCAAUCCGGAGGGACCCUGAGGCCUGCGAGAAGCUGGAAGCCACUGUGCUCCGAUUGCGGAGAGACCAGAAAGAGGCCCUGCUGCGCUUCUGUGUCACGUGGAACACCAACUCCCGGCACUGCCACGAAGCGCAGGCCGUGCUGGGCGUGCUCCUGCGGCGUGAGGACCCUGAGGAGCUGCUGGCCUACGAGGGCGUGCAGGCUGCGCUCGAGGCCCUGCUGCCCUACACUGAGCGGCGCUUCCAGCGGCUGGGCCGGACGUUGCAGGCAGCUGCGUUUCUGGAUUUCCUGUGGCACUGCACGAAGCUGCCUGCUCUCCCUGCGGCGCCCCCAGCCCUCUGACAUACACGUGUGCUUUUCCACCCGA